CCCCCCACCCACCCCCGAUCGCGUCUGGUUCCCGUCCACCCCACACCCCGGGGGAGAUCGGGGCUGUGGUGGAGAUCGAGCCAAAAGCUUCCUAGCCGGGGACAUGGUGGGCUUCACGGUCCCCGCGGAAGUCAGCGUGUUUUUGCUCGACGUGGAAGGCACCACCACUCCGAUCACGUUUGUCAAGGAUAUUCUGUUUCCUUACAUCAGGGAAAAUAUUCGCGAUUAUCUAGACACCCACUGGGAAGAAGAAGAGUGCCAGCAAGAUGUUGGCCUGCUGAGAAAACAGGCUGAAGAAGACUCUCAUAUGGAGGGAGUGGUGCCUAUCCCACUGGAAACCAGGGAUGGAGAAGAAGAGGUUGAACGGGUCAUCCAGGCCGUGAUAGACAAUGUCCUCUGGCAGAUGUCUUUGGACAGGAAGACCACAGCUUUGAAACAGCUCCAGGGCCACAUGUGGAGAGCGGCCUACGAAAAUGGCCGCUUGAAGGGAGAAUUCUUUAAGGAUGUCGUUCCCGCAGUGAAAAAGUGGAAAGAAGCAGGAAGAAAGGUGUAUAUUUAUUCCUCUGGGAGUGUGGAAGCUCAAAAACUUUUGUUUGGAAACUCUACAGAAGGUGAUAUUUUAGAGCUCUUUGAUGGUCACUUUGACACCAAGAUAGGACCUAAAGUUGACAGCGAGAGCUACCAGCGGAUUGCUGCAAGCAUUGGAUGUGCCACCAACAACAUACUAUUCUUGACGGACGUCACUCAAGAAGCAGAUGCUGCCGAAGAAGCGGACAUGCAUGUGGCUGUAGUGAUUCGGCCGGGCAACGCAGGACUGACAGACGAUGAGAAAUCGUAUUACAGACUCAUAACCUCUUUCAGCGAACUGUUCCUGCCGUCCUCUGCUUAAUUUAAUUUGCACCUAGGAUUAAGGAAGAGGGAUGGGGAAAGAGGAGAGGAGCAGCUGAGAAAAAUCCUCCUUACCAUUUAUUGUCAUUCCUGCCAGCGAUAAAAGAGUCUCAAAAACAGGACUAUUGGGCGCCUGACUUCCCCGAUGACCCAAAAUUGGAACCCGAUGGAAAAUUUGCCGGUUCUGUGACUGGAGCAAAGUGAAGCUCUCAACAAGGGGCUGCCUUGGUUUUUUCUUUGGAUUUGCAAACGGAAAAGUCAAGAGGUGCAACUCAAAGAGAAGGUCCUCCUGUCUUUUGGAGGUCAACCGGUGGGAUGCAAAGCCCACCUCCCAGUCAGUUCAAAGGGGCCAGCAGUGAAGACUUUCCUUACAGGAUGUGUCUUGGGUAUAUACUACAAACUCCUCAUCUUGUAUUGGCGUCACACUUGAUGGCAGGUUUUUAAAGUCUUCUGGUCUUCUUGUUUGUAGUGAACGUAGGGGAAAUCCAGACUAUUUAUAGUUGAAAAAAACGUGGCAAGCGGAGCUCUCUGAAUUGAUUGGUCUUGGGAAAGGGAAGGAAAAAGUAGCACAGGCAGCAUUAACUCAAUCAAACAUGCAAGCUAGUAAGAACAUCUGUGCCAACUGGAACAUGUUUGCAUGUGGAAGGCAUGAUUGAUCCUUUGUCACAAAAAAGUUGCAUGAUUGCUCAAAGGUUGUCCUUAAACCUGGGGGAAAGGGAGUGCUUUAUUAAUAAUUUUUUUUUCCUGGGAUCAAAUAGCUGGAAAAUUGCAUUCUAAAAAUCCUGCAGGUUAGUCCUUUACCUAGUGCGCUUGAAGGUGUAACGGAUACCUUAAUUGUUUUGUGUGGCUUCACUUGUUCCUUUUAUGUGCAGCAUUUCAAGAGUGGUAAGCAUGUCUCAAUGUCGACACCGCUUCCUUUUCCUUUUGGUUGGUUUUUCAAGGCCUCCCGAGUGUUUCCAGCAAUCCAAAACGGAAAUACUUGUCUCUUCAGCAUGUUGCACAUUUUUAUGUUCUGCUAGAAGUGCUAUUUUGCUUCCUCAAACCCUACUCCUUCUCACGAAGGAUGUAAGGGGGAACAAUCCCAAAAUCCUAUUGAACGGAACUUAAUGCCAAUAUUUGUUUCCAUUUGGCCAACCUAUUUACCGUGUUUCCCCGAAAAUAAGACCCUGUCUUAUAUUUUUUUGAACCCUGGAAUAAGCGCUUGGCCUUAUUGUCAUGCACUCAAAAGCCCAAUUGGGCUUAUUAUCAGGGGAUGUCUUAUUUUGGGGGAAACAGGAUAGGAGUUACAUCCUUGCUUGGAAAUGGGCCUAUUGUAACAACUGCAAAGCUGGAUAAAGUACUGAAAUCGUAAGAUGUCAUCCCAAUUUAAUUGGAAAUGUCCAGAGAAUCUAGUAGGCUGCCCGGAGUCUUAACAAUGGAACCAAGCACACAAUAUCUAAUUCCAAAAUUUGAUGUCCUGUAUGUAUGUUGUGGGCAGCCCUUCCAAUACUUGAAGAUGUUGUUAGAAAUCGGCCUUGCGGUUGUGUUCCAGGUAGAAAGGGCUGAUUCUCAGAAAUCCCCUAUACAAUCCAUGUACGGUAGGAAAAGUCAGACAUGGUAUUAAAAUUCUUGUGUAUUGAGCUUAUAAAUCCUUUCCCAGUCUGGAUGCUAAUGGAGAGUGGCUCCAUAUUACCAAUUUAAUCAAUGUCAAUAUAGGAUUGUCGCCUUGUGGUGCAUGUCUUGCCUUUAAAUAAAAUCUAUGACUGAAGUAGAA